AUGGUGGGUGUGAAGGGAAAAUAUAAGGGAUGUGAAACCUGCCGACGAAGAAGAGUCAAGUGCAGCAACGAGCGACCGUUCUGCCAAAAAUGCAUCGCCAGCGGAAGAGAGUGUGAGGGCUAUGAAAGGGAGAGGGUGUUCAUCACCGGGACACCCGAGAACAUGGGCAGGGUGGCCUCGCAUCCCAAAAAGGGACCUUCGUCCAGCAAGCCAAAGACCCCUGCCGGCGAGGACAGCCCCAGGCCCGAUCUGGCCCCGCUGCUACCCUUGACUUCGGCAUGGGAUGAUCACACCCUCGUCUCAAGCCAGGGAAUCGAGUAUUCCGUUCUCGUCUCAGCGCUGCAGACCAAGCUUCCGAAUGUUGUGCGAGAUUAUUCCGAGCAGGACGAGUCAGAGGGGUUUCACAUCUCGUUUCCCCCAUAUGCCCCGUCCGAGUUGCAGCCGACAUUGAUCGAUCAAGACUUGCGUCAUGAUUUGCUUGCCAGCUCGGGAGAAGCUGGCACGUACCAGAUGAGACGAUUGGGUCCCGCCCACUUCAGCCAGUUUCCCAAUCACCAUUUCUUUGUUCGGGUAUACCGACCUCUAGCGGCCGGCUUCGCUCUCCUAAGUCGACGAGACACGUUUCUCUCCGCUCCAGAAUGGACGUCUGUCCCCUGGCAGAGGCACCCCAAGUGCUCACUUGACCACCUUUUCGACCUUAUCCUCUUUCUGCCCUCCAUCCUCUCACACACGGAUCAGAUAGUACCCCUGGAGGCAACCCACAACCGCCGCCUCCGGGCCCAGGAUCUUCUUCAAAGCAGCCUCUCGCUUGAGAGGCAGUUCGACUUGUGGCUCCAUGCAGCCAACCAACCCACUCCAGGUCACCCAAUUCCCUUCUGGGCUGAGGAGUUGACCAGCCCGGGGGGCCUCAUCCCGUUUUCCAACUCUUACACUUUCAGAGACAACCAUACUGGUCUCGCCUUCCUAUAUUACUGGAUGACGCAAAUCACAUUUCACCGUUGCAUUGAAUCCCUCCAGCGUAUCAUCUUCCAGCCCGUCAUCGAUGCGUAUCCCGAUAUGUGGCCAGACCUGCCACCAGAUCUCCAGGUUGACGUGACACGGUACCAACAUGGGCGCGAAUUCGCAGCGGAUAUUUGUCGUGGCCUAGACUCGGUGCUUGAUAGCACAGUCCAGCCUGACGUGUUGGUUGCGCCGAUGGCGGCGGCGAUGGAUUUUUACAAGGAGAUCAACACAACCUCACAGGACGGUUUGAUGGAGAUGAUGUGGUUGGAUAAUUUCAGGUCGAGGUUAAUUGAGAAGGGUCAGCAUAUUGCGAAUGUUUUGCAAAGACAGAAAUGGGUUGAAGUUGCAACCUUCUAG